AGUCGCUGCAAGGAAGCCAGAGAAGGCGGGGGCCCGCAUCCCUGGGGCUGCUCCUGGGGCUGCUCCGGCCGCACCGCGAGGCAGGCCUUGUCUAUAGGAGGCUGGGUCUACAAGAGGUGGAAAAACUGACCUCAGAAAAAGCAAACCCAGCUGCAAGUAACCCGAACUCUUUCAGAUGGCGGUGCACGACAGGCCACCGCUGCUUGGAGCUCGGUUUAGGACCAGAGGGGCUCAGAGGACCAUCUGGAGAGCCAAGUCCCUGACGCCGGUGCCCGGAGCCCCGCCAGCUUCCACAGCGAAAGGCCUCGCCGGAGCCCCCUGCGCGGUCCGGAGUCUACCUGAGAGAGGAAGAGCCCUGCGAGGCCCACUCCUGGGGCUGAGUGUGUCCAGUCUGCGCAGAAAACCCCACCCCCCAGUUCUGCUUCAGAAAUUAGGCCGGGGAAAGUCUGUGAAGGGUUGGCGGAAGCUACAUUUUCAGCAUCUAAAACGAGCUAAUGAACGAAUGAACAGACGCAACCACCUGCUCUCCUGUCUAAAGGGCAGUGCGUGCCCAACUUUAUUUUACUCAAGAAUUAGUUAAACCCUGGCCACGUUGUUUUGCACAAAGACCUGUGCAGGCCCCAGCAGACCAGACCAAACCAGAAUGGCAUCCUGCCGGUACCAUGUAUUCUAGCUGAGUUCUGUGUUAGUUUCCAGGAGAUUUAGAACCUCCAGAGAGACUUCCCCUGCUUACCUGAGAUGAAGUCCUCUGCGCUUUACCCUUUAAGGAAAGCCAAUCCGCUUUCCUUCGCCCUUUCUGCCACACCCCAGACAGCAUAUUCCUGGUUGUCAGAAGAGUGUGGUGAUGGUCAAAAGGAGCUGGGUAACUGAUGCAUCCCUCCCAUUUCCUUCAAACCAGCCCCCACCAGCUUCCACCCCAAGACCCUCCUAAUAUUAACUUCAGGCUGUUGCUAAUUAGCUACAAAGAAGGAAAACAGACUGCCUGCCCUCCGAUUGUUCCCUGUAAUUGUUAAAGUAUAAACGGACACACAGACCUUCCAAGGUGUGUUGACAGUAACCGUCUCUUAAGUAGGUGAAAGUUACCCAGAAACUGCAUCUGAUGCUUAGCAAGGGGGCAAGUUUUCAGUCAUCCUCUGACUUUUGAUUCACCACUACGAUGUCGAACUGCAGUCACAUACUUUAAGUCACAUAAACAUUUUCUUUGAUUAUAAGAUUAUAGGGUUGCAAAAUGAGCUGACCAAACAUGGAAUCUUGAAGAACUCUUGUGACUACGAGGAUUUCUGGGAGCUGAUUCAGGAAGAAUCUCCUGGAACAGGAGUGAAAGAAAAGCUCCGAAAGAUAAAAUGGAAAUUGAUGAGUCCCAGACCACAGCUUCCAAAUGCUUCCAGGAGAUCAGAAGCUGGGUCGCUGGUUGGUGCUGAUCAAGACAGUAGUACACUACACCAGGAGACGCAGGAUGAUACUGGCCUCAUAAAACGACGUGGGAAUCGCGCCUCUCCUCAGUCAUCGUCCAGAAAUCUUCUUUCUCGACUUACGGAAUGGAGGAGAAGGUGCCAACAGCGAGAAGCGACCCGAAGACUGCAUCAGGGACAGGAGGUGAACAAGACGGUUUGUAAGACAAACAAGAAGUCCCGAAGUGAGACGUAUCUUAGUCUUUUGUAUCAGAUGUAUUCAACUUCUCUGGCUAACAUGGAAUUUUCCAGAAGACUGCUGGAGAAGGACGGCCGCUUUGCAGACCUGUAUGCUGAGCACAGAGCUGGAGGUCUGCUGGAUUAUAUGGUCCCUAGUGGACUCAUGCAGCAAGCGGAGGCCCCGCCCAGGGAGACAGGGGCAGAGGACCCUUUGCCCACUGGGCAGCAACCUCGAGCACCACCUGCACUCUGCUUUCUGAAGUGCCAGAGCCCAGCGAGUCCACAGAGAGGCUUCCACCAGAAGACAAGAGGACACCAUGUGGUCCCGGGUGGCAUGAGUGACCUUCCGGAGCCCAUGAAGGGUGGAUCUGCGCCUGCUCUGGUGGCCAUAGCUCCCCUGACCUUGGAACACGUAAUCCAGACCCAUCCUGUGUUGGAGGCCAAGACAGUACGUCGAUACUGGGUGAAUUAUGUGGAUGAAGAAUAAGCUUGUAUACAGUCUCUAGAGGAAAAGGAUGAAGAUGUCCAAACAGGAAACUAAAGUUUUUUCUUUAGUUCAACAUUAUGAUAAACAGUAAUGAUGACAUCCAAUA